CUCACGUUUAUCAUAUUUUUUCAUUUAAUAGUCAAACAGAGCACCCAAACCAAUCUUACGAUUCCGUGUCACCACCUACUGCUACCUUACCUCACCUGCUGUCUUUUUACUGGCGGUGGUCCUCCCUCCGCCUCCCUUUCCUUCUCUCUCUAUCGCUCUCCAACCACCGCUUCAACCACUCUCAGCCCCUAGGGUUUUCAUCAAUGGAUACUCUUUCUCUUCCAUCACCACCACCACCACCACAACCUAGCGUCUCGGACAUGGAAAACCUUUUCUCUAACCCUCCACUCAACGACGAUCCCUCGUCUUCUUCCCUAUGGGACUGGUCCGACUUCCUCGAUUUCAACCUCGAAGACCAAUUGAACAUUUCUUUCGACUCCUCCGAAAACACUCCGGUACUACCUCCUCCUGAUUCCGAUUCUGUUGACCGGAUUCGAAAGCGGGAUCCCAGGCUGAUUUGCUCCAAUUUUUUGGCGAGGAUUCCUUGCGCCUGCCCGGAGCUCGACGAGAAGGAGGAGGAGGAGGAGGGCGUCCCGGUCAAGAAGAGGCCGAGGGCGGCGGCGGGGGCGGCGGCGAGGUGUCAGGUUCCGGGGUGCGAGGCGGAUAUCAGUGAGCUUAAAGGGUAUCAUCGGAGACACCGUGUUUGUCUUCGAUGUGCGAAUGCUAGUACUGUUGUUCUUGAUGGGCUGAGUAAGAGAUAUUGUCAACAGUGUGGAAAGUUUCACAUCUUAUCAGAUUUUGAUGAAGGUAAACGUAGUUGUCGGAGGAAAUUGGAGCGUCACAAUAAUAGGCGUCGAAGAAAACCCAGCGAGUCCAAAGUUGCAGUUGAAAAGGAUCCUCAAGAGCUUGUUUUAGCUGACGAUGUAGCUCGUGAUGAUGAAAAUGAAAAAGAUAGUACAUGCUUGAGCAGCCAAUUAACAGAAAGGGAACCAUUAUUGGAGUCUGAAGAAGGACAAAUUCCUACACUCUGCUCAAAUCCUAGUUCCCAAAAUAUUCAGAGUGAUAGUGUUGCAUCUUUUGUGGUGUCUCGUGAGCCCCAAAUCGAUGGAGAAAAAGAUGAGUCCAAACAUGCUCAUUCUUCAUUCUAUUGUGACAAUAAGAGUGCUUACUCUUCACUGUGUCCCACUGGUCGGAUCUCUUUCAAGCUUUAUGAUUGGAAUCCUGCAGAGUUCCCCAGACGACUUCGGCACCAAAUAUUUCAAUGGUUGUCCAGCAUGCCUGUUGAGUUGGAGGGUUAUAUCCGUCCUGGUUGUACAAUCUUGACUGCGUUCAUUGCAAUGCCAAAUUCUAUGUGGUUUAAGUUACUCCAAGAACCUGUUGUAUAUAUACAUGACUUUGUCGCUGCGCCUGGAAAGAUGUUAUCUGGAAGAGGCACUUUCCUUGUUUAUCUAGACAAUGUAAUUUUUCGUGUUAUGAAAGAUGGAACUUCUGUGAUACAAAUCAAGGCGGAGGAGCAGGCCCCAAAACUUCACUAUGUUCAUCCAACAUGUUUUGAGGCUGGGAAGCCUAUGGAGUUUGUGGCUUGUGGUAGUAAUCUACUUCAACCCAAAUUUCGGUUUCUUGUAUCUUUUGCUGGGAAGUACCUGGCAUAUGAUUAUUCUGUUCCACCUCCGUAUGAUGACUCUGAAGGGGUCACUGCUAAUUUUAAUCAUCAGUUAUUGAAGAUAUGUAUCCGUCAUACUGAACCGGAUCUUUUUGGCCCUGCAUUUAUUGAGGUUGAGAAUGAGUCUGGCUUAUCCAACUUCAUUCCCAUUUUAAUUGGGAAUAAAGAAAUUUGUUCUGAAAUGAAGAUUAUGGAGCAGAGAUUUGAAGCAUCUCUCUCUCUCUCUUUGAAAGAAUCAAAGUUCAUGGCUGCUAGUUCUGUGCAUGAUUCAUGUGAAGUUUCUAUUCUGAGACAAACAGCAUUUUCUCAAUUUAUUUUGGAUACUGCUUGGUUACUCAGGAAUCCUGCACUGGAAGAUAUGAAGUACAGAUUGUCUUCGUCUCAGAUAGGAAGCUUCAAUCGUUUAUUGACCUUUCUAAUACAGAAUAAGUCCAUCAGCAUAUUGGAGAGAGUUCUACAUUAUAUGGAGACUCUGAUGGAUGAUAAGAAGUUACACUGUAUGACUAAUGGCAUUGCUGAUGCUGAAAUGAAAUUACUUCAGAGUAAUGUUGAUCAUGCUAGAGGAAUCGUUUCUGCAAGACUUCAGGAAAAUGUGGAUUCAGUACGGCAUUCUAGAAAUCUUGUUCCAAAAGGGAAUUGCGUAUAUCAAAGUUCGCAAAUUGACAUGCGCUCUGUUGUUUCAUUUAUUGAUCAGUUGCAGAAUAUGGAGGUGACAGAGAAAGGCAGUUUGGACGCUGUAGAGGGAUCAAAUUCUCUAGACCACAGUGGUACUGUUCCACUCUUGAAUAGAGACGUUGAAAUGAGCAUGAAGGAAUGGCCCAGGAAGUCCUGCAGUCUUGUAUUUAGUAGCAGAAUUUUGACCUCUCGGCCUCUUAUCUUUGUGAUCGCUGCUGCUGUGGUUUGUUGUGGUAUAUGUGUGGUCCUCCUCCACCCACAAAAGGUUGGCAAAAUUGCAACAACUAUCCGCAGGUGUCUGUUUGUCAACACUGCCUAGUUGUUAACAAAAUCUAUGAUCUAAAAAGGGCUUGUUUUCUUCAUAUGUACAUGGGCACCAUUGAGUAUACACAAUGUUAGUCGGUGAAUCUCUGCCACAUGAAUAUGUUUAUUAAGCUUUUGAUCUUCCCAACUGAAUGCUGGUUGUCAUUGCCACACUGGUCGAAGUUUUGCGUUGUUUUUUGCUUUCUCAGAUGUGCCAAGACUUUGACACUUGUGUUGCUGCUGAGUCACCGACCAUAAAGGGAUGGUCCCUCUAUCUAAUGAGAUGAAAAGUUGGAGGCGGCAUGUCUUCCACCCCAUGUAAGUUGUAUGUUUACUUUUUUCUUCCUUUUUUUCUUAUUCUUUAUCUUUCCGGUGUAACUUGUGAUUCCAACAUUCUUGUAGCAUUCCCUUUAAUAGUCACUGUCUCAUCUAUUUCCUGUGUACAUGAAGUUUAAUUAAGCUUUUAAAUAAAAAAAACUAGAGCGGUGUUUUAAUCACAA